GUGAGCUCGGGUCCGGUAGAGCCUCAUUCUAUGCUUAGGAUCCGUUCGGCCAACAACUCAUUUUGAGUUUCUAAAUUUCAGUAAAAAGUAUUUUUUCUAAUAUUGCACAAAUAACUAACUAAAAAUGACGGCGGUGCGACCUUUGGGACCUGGACCUGGCGCGUAUUUGCUGCCGCCCACCUAUGGUUAUGACAAGCAUGACAACCGAAAGCAGCGUAUGCCCCAGUACUCCUUCGGGAUGCGGACCAAAAUGGUCGGGAGUGAGCUGGGUCCCGGUCCCGGUGCCUACAAGGUCGACAAGUUGACGCGGUAUGGGCCCAGCAAGGGUCUGGAGUACUCGAUGUCGCCAAGAACGGACAUACCUGACAAGACAGUUGGUCCUGGUCCAGGCGCCCACGAUGUCCAUCUGAAACCAUUCUUUACGGGAGUCAAUGCCCCGGCCUACUCUAUGGGCCUAAGAACGGAUAUCAACUUCAAGAAAGAAGGACCUGGACCCAUUUAUAAGUACGAAAUGAAUUCGGUCCGCCCAAGGAUGCCGGCCUACAGCAUGGGUCUACAAACCAAAAUCCUUGACAAGACCAACUCCCCUGGACCCGCCGCUUAUGGUCCUGGCGACAUCAACGUGAAACUGAAUCGUGCCCCACAGUACUCUAUGGCCCCGCGCACGGACAUGAAGGGAGAGAAUGUCGGACCCGGUCCGAACUACUACGACCUGAUGUACUACCGACCCGGAAAGAGUGGACCAGGCUACUCCUUCGGUGUAAGACACUCACAGUUCGCCCCGCCCAUGAUAGUUAGAUGUGAUAACAUGUAAUAGUGCAAUAUUAGAACAAAUAUGUGCAAAAUUUUCGGUGAUAAUAAAUGAGAAUGCUUUUGGAAUAUGAA